GGCAGUGUUAAGUCGCAUUACCUUAGCCUCUUUGCCAUGGCCGCCGACCUAGUGAAGAACGCUUCGACCGACCCUGAUGCUAAGAAGAGAAAGCGCAAGAGAGCGACGAAACCCACUGAAUCCCCAAAACUGAACGAGACCCAUAAAGAAGAAGUAGAAGAGGCAGUGGAGAAUAGAAAGAAUGAGAAAAAGAAGAAGAAGAAGAAGAAGCAUCUAAUUAUGGAGAAAGCAAAUCUCCCUCAGGAAGAAGAGGAAGAAGACGGAAGAGGAGGAGAAGAAGAAGAUGGUGAGGAAGCCGAGGAGGAGCAUAAGAAGACGAAGAAGAAGAAGGUGAAGCCUGAAGGGUAUGGGAUAAUGAGUACAGAGUCAUUUGUUUCUCUGGGCUUGUCUGAGCCCACUUUAAAGGCCAUUCAGGAAAUGGGGUUCCAGUUUAUGACUCAGAUUCAAGCCAAAGCAAUCCCUCCACUUCUGAUGGGAAAAGACGUCCUUGGAGCUGCUAGGACAGGUUCUGGUAAAACUCUUGCUUUCCUAAUACCGGCUGUGGAGCUGUUAUAUCAUGCUCGCUUUACGCCACGAAAUGGUACUGGUGUCGUGGUUAUUUGCCCUACAAGAGAACUUGCAAUACAGACCCAUGCUGUGGCAAAGGAUCUUCUCAAAUAUCACUCACAGACACAUGGCUUGGUUAUUGGUGGUGCGGCUAGAAGAGGAGAAGCAGAACGUAUAGUAAAGGGGGUUAAUUUAUUGGUGGGAACACCUGGUCGUCUGCUCGAUCAUCUUCAAAAUACAAAGGGUUUUGUAUUCAAAAACUUGAAGUGCCUCACAAUUGAUGAAGCUGACAGGAUAUUGGAAGCGAAUUUUGAGGAAGAAAUGAAGCAAAUUCUCAGGAUUUUACCAAAGACUAGGAGAACGGCUUUAUUUUCGGCAACCCAAACUCAGAAGGUUGAGGAUCUUGCCCGGUUGUCUUUUCAGACAGAUCCUCAUUAUGUCGAUGUGGAUGAUAAAAGAACCAAGGUUACAAAUGAAGGGCUGGAACAGGGUUAUUGUGUUGUACCUUGUGCCAAAAGAUUUAUACUUCUCUAUUCAUUCUUGAAGAGAAAUCUGUCUAAAAAAGUGAUGGUCUUCUUCUCUUCUUGUAACUCUGUCAAAUACCAUAGUGAGCUUCUAAGAUACAUUCAGGUGCCUUGCUUUGAUAUACACGGGAAACAAAAGCAACAGAAGAGAACAACAACAUUUUUUGACUUUUGUAAAGCAGAGAAAGGCAUCUUGCUGUGCACUGAUGUUGCUGCCCGAGGACUUGAUAUACCUGCAGUGGACUGGAUUGUUCAGUUUGAUCCUCCUGAUGAACCAAAGGAAUAUAUCCACAGGGUUGGUCGAACAGCUCGUGGAGAAGGUGCAAAGGGAAAUGCUCUGCUGUUUCUCAUUCCUGAAGAAUUGCAGUUUCUUCGCUAUCUCAAGGAAGCAAAAGUCCCUGUUAAAGAGUAUGAAUUUAGUGAAAAGAAGCUUUCUAAUGUGCAGUCUCACCUGGAGAAGUUGGUGGGUAAUAACUACUAUUUGAACAAGUCCGCAAAAGAAGCAUAUAGAUCAUAUAUAUUGGCCUACAAUUCCCACUCCAUGAAGGACAUUUUCAAUGUUCACCGCCUUGACAUGCAGGCGGUUGCUGCAUCUUUCUGCUUUUCUAACCCACCCAAGGUGAACUUGAAUAUAGACAGCAAUGCCUCAAAGUUCAGAAAGACUUCGCGUAGGGUUGAAGGAAGCCGAAAUGGAUUCAGCAGAAUCAAUCCUUAUGGUAAUAGCAGGAAGUAAGGUAGAGGUGAAGAGAGAUUAAAUGUUAGGUGACUGCAGUUCUACGAGGCUCUGCAAAAGUUUUGUUAGGCCAAAUUCAUGUUCUUGAAUUAUCUCCCGUUACAGAGUUGGAAAUCUUUGCCUUUUUUCUUGCAACAAUUUGUGUAGUAUUUCAACCUGAAGACAUGAAGUUUUGAUUCAUUUUCUAGUAUAAAUUCGUGUGAAGUGAUAAUUCCAUAUGGACAUAGUACAAGAUCAAAAUCAACAAUCUAAAGCUUUUAGUCU